AUGGUGGACGAUAGAGAUGACCACACGAAUCAUGAUAUUGAAAAGUCUGCUCAAGUGAAAGUCAUUGACAACAUACCCGUCUUGGGCUUAAGUGAAGAAGAUGCGGCUUUCUACAACAGUAUAACAGAAGCCCAGAGGAAGAAAAUUGUUAGAAAGAUCGAUUUACGCCUGGUACCGAUGCUGGCAAUACUGUACCUUAUCUCGCAACUUGAUCGCGCAAACAUUGGAAACGCAAAGAUUGAAGGCCUUUCCGAAGACCUACACCUCGUCGGGAACCAAUACAAUGUUGUACUGGCCCUUUUCUUCAUCCCAUACAUUUUGCUUGAGGUUCCCAGCAAUGUUUUGUUGAGGAAGUUCAGGCCCUCGGUUUAUCUCGGCUCUCUUGUUAUUCUCUGGGGCAUCGUUAUGACUAUGCACGGUGUUGUCAAGAACUUCGGCGGUCUACUUGCCGUACGACUUCUUCUUGGCGUCUUUGAAGCUGGAUUCUAUCCUGGCGCUGUUUAUCUCUGCGCAUUCUGGUACAUGCCCAAAGAGCUUGCCACAAGAAUUGCCUACUUCUACUGCACUAGUGCUCUAUCAGGGGCAUUUUCUGGCCUCUUGGCUGCAGCAAUUGCGCUGAUGGAUGGUGUUGGCGGCUAUGAAGGGUGGCGAUGGAUCUUCCUCCUUGAGGGUAUUGCUACCACUUUACUUGGCGUGCUUUGCUUCUUCUUUCUCGUUGAUUCGCCGUCGCUUUCCGGUAGAUGGCUGUCCGUAGAUGAGAUUAGAUUUCUCGAACUUCAACAUUUUGUGAAGCAAGGCGGGCGUUUCUCGGAACAAUACUCUGAAAAGAGAUUCAACUGGUACGAAUUCAAAAUGGUUCUCACCAAUUGGAGGCUCUAUCUUCAAGCAUACAUUCUGCUGUGCAUUUCAGCCUGUUCUUACGGAACUAAAUUCACCCUGCCUUCAAUUAUCAAAGCAAUGGGCUUUACAAACAACACAAUUGCCCAGCUUAUGACGGUGCCAGCCUAUGUGGCAGGAGGCAUUUCUUCCAUUUUCUUCGCCUACUUGUCUGAUCGCUUUCUGUGGCGGAUUCCCUUCAUUGCAGCUCCUAUGUUGCUCAUCACCAUUGGAUACGCCGUGGUGAUGGGAUUCGACGGCAAACUAGGAGGAAGUCAUACGGGACCAGGAUAUUUCGCUCUUGUAUUAACGUGUAUGGGCAUCUAUCCUGUCCACCCAUCUGCCACAAGUUGGGCUGCCAACAACCUGGCUCCAGCUAGCCGUCGUGCAAUUGGACUUGCCUUUUGCAUUUGCAUGGGUAACAUCGGAGGUAUUAUUGGCAGCUUCAUGUAUCUUGACAAAGAAGCGCCUACUUACCACACGGGUUUCGGGCUUUCUCUGGCAUUUGGCGCGUCUGGUGUCCUCGCGGCUCUGUUGCUGGAAUUAAGCUAUAUCUGGGCCAACAAGCAGAAGUCAAAGAUCCCUGAGGAGGCAGUCAGAGCGCAAUUUUCGGAAGACGAGUUGCUCAAGUUGGGUGAUAAGAGCUUACUUUUCAAGUAUACGCUCUAGGCG